AUGGCAAUGACCCCACAAAACGACCAGGAAGCACAACAACAGCUCUUCACAGACACACUCCUAAAACUCCAGAUCCACGCAGCACUUGCAAAAGAAAACUCCCACCACAACAAGUCCCCCCUCCCACUCCUCGCCCAGUCAUGCUCCCUCCUCGACAACCUCCCUUCCGCAACCACAACCACUUGGACACCCACUCAACGGACUCUGAUCGACGCCCUCAAAAUCGAUGCCUGGAUGGCCUUGGCCGACGGCUGUAUCCAGGCCAAUGAUUUAAUCCAGGCAGAAGCUAGUCUCCAACACCUUGCAACCCUUCAGGACGCUGCAGCAGGACCUUUUUCGUGGCGCGUUCAAAAGGCUAACAAGAACAAUCACAACCGGAGGAAUAAGACGGUGGUGUCCUCUGAUUCAUCAUCCAAUGAUACUACUGCUACUUCGUCUUUGUCUCCAGGACCGACAGAGGAACAUCGUCAAGCUGUGGCAGGGUUGAUUCAAACGUGGUGCAAACUUUGUCAAGUCUACACGGAUAUGGGUAAAUCGGACAUGGCCAACAACUUUCACAAGCGGAUGCAAAAGAUGACUGAUCUCCUUCAAGAUCCAGUACUCAGCUCUACAACUGUAGCCGCAACUACUCCAUAG